AUGUCACAAACGACUGUAUCACAAGUAAUAUCGCCAAUGAAAGGUGAUAUUGUUUUUACACGUAAAGGUCAUCGUCGUCGAUGGGAUGGACGUCAUUGGCGUAUACUUUGUCGAAUAUCGAAUUGUACAGCUCAACGACAAGGUUCAUUAUAUAAUAAAUUUGGUCUAUGUAAAAAACAUUUUACUCAAAUGAAAUUUAAUAAAUUUCAAUCUAAUAAAUCUUCAUCAUUUUUGUCAUCGAAUAUCAAACAAAAAGAACAAAAACAAAUAGUCUCUAUAGGAAAACAAGAAGAAAAUAAGAAAAAAUAUAAACGUCAUAAUUUAAAUGUUAUUGUUGAUAAACUUCGACGUUCAAAAACAAUAUCGAAAAUAUGUUCGAUUAAAUAA